CUCCGAAAGAACAAUUUCACGACUGAUGAGCACCAAUUCCUACACGCGAUAGCAGGGUCGGGAAUCUAGAAGCAAGAAGGUACCUCACGUCUGGUAUCACAGCGUGAGGGCUAUUGUUGGUUGUUUGUUUUGCAUUUGCAUGCUUUCGCCUUGGGUCUUGAAUUCCUUAUCAACGACCACGAAAUACUGGUGUCAUCGUUGACAUGAACUCGGAUCCUGCUCCCCCACAGAAGCGACGUCGGUUAGAGCGUGUCACAGCAGCAUGCGAUCUCUGCAAGCAACGGAAGGUCAAAUGCGACGGCGAGCAACCAUGCGGUUAUUGCCAGCGGAAGCACCUUGCGGAUGGGUGCACCUUCACCGCUCCAAAGAUCCGUGGCCAGGCGCGUUCUGCUGGUAACACUCCGAACAACCCAGAACAAAGGCCUGGGAAUUCUACCCAACGGGUUUCUCCAGAUAGGGCCCGCAGUGAAGGUCUCUCACGCAGGCCGAGAAAUUCCGAGGAAAUUACUGGUAUCGGAGCCUCUCUUUCCCCCACUGUCAGUAGAGAUGAUCAUCCUGAAGACACAGCUGUACCUCUGGAGGGUCGCAUUCUGUGCGAUGCUCAAGGAAAAGUCAUCUUCAUUGGUGAUUGUGCGCCCCUUUCAUUCCUACAGACUGUUAGGCAUCUCAUUGCGUCUGAAGUCGACGCGGAAGGACUCCCAAUGCAUGCUUCUCGGGACUCCAUGAUAGAAGUUGCUCGCUCCGAACCGACCGAUCAAUAUCAGUAUCUUGCCGUAGCUCCGCACGAGGUUCAGUCCUUGGUGGAGGCAUAUGCCGUGGUUACCAGCGGUCUCGUUCAUCUUUUCGAACAAGAAGAGCUGCUGGUUGAUAUGGAAACUUGGGCGAGUGGGCACACUCCACGCUCGAGUGAUGCUGCAACUGCAGUUUUCUUCCUUGUGCUUGCCAUCGGUGCACAAGAAAAAGACGAAUCAAAAGCAAACGCAUGGUUCAAUCAUGCGAGGGAUAUCCUGACCACACAUCUCUGUGCCAGUAUGAAUGUCUCGACAGUGCAGGGCUUUGCACUGGUUGCCAUCUUCAUGCUUCGAGCAUUCCAGCCGAAUGGCGCGUAUCUGUACUUUUCUCUGGCCGCCCGUACUGCCUACGCAAUUGGCCUUCAUCGGACCGAGGUCAACGCUUCUUUGGGAGAACCGAUCAGAACUAUGAGAGACCGCAUCUGGAAGAGUCUCCGCGUAGUGGAUCAGCUCAUCAGUAAUCUACUGGGUCGGCCACCAUCUACAUCAAACGUAGACUGUACAGUCAAGUACAACAUCACAGACAUGAACAGCGACUUGACUUUUCACAUGCUUGACGCGAGUGUGCAAAUAUUCAUGAUCAUCGAGCGCGUUGUGGUUGAGGUUUACUCUCGUAAGCGAAUAUCGCUACGCAUCGCCAGUUAUGUUUCUCAUCAGCUCAAAAACUGGGCAUCGAAUUGGCUGCAGCUCCUUUCCAAUGCCACUGCUCGUUCCCACCUUGGUAGUUCCUCACGGGAAGAAGCUGUUGGCGCUUGUUCUACACUAUGUUCUUACUUCUAUGGCAUCAUGCUGCUGACGAGGCCGUUCUUGAUCUAUGAGCUGUACGAGUAUUUGGGUGCUUCUCUGAAAGGUGGAGGCACUCAGGGUGAACAUCAGGAGAAACGAAAGUAUGCAGACGCUGCGCUUGAAGCUGCUGCCUCGUUCGUGGAGACUCUGCAAACUGUGAUUCAAACUGGCAAGAUGCCUCUCAGAAUGCCACUUAUAGUUUCGUGGCUAUUUACUACCUCACUCGUUUUAGCGGUCGGCGUCCUAGGUCGCUCAGGUUUGGAGUUUGAAGACGACUGCAGAGCAUCGAUUCGCUGCUUAGACUACUUUGGCAAAGUCGAUCCGCACGCUCAGCAAUACUCUGUCAUUGUCCAAGCACUGUUGAAAACUACAAUCACACAUGCCAAGAAGAGGGAGCUUCAUUUGCGCUCACAAAGGAAGCAAGCUUCUUCAUCACUAUUCGGUCUACUACCCUCUCAUCCUGAGAGCCGGCCUCGCGAGCUAGAAAACAUCCGCUCUCUUUCCAUCGUUGAGCCUUUUACCUCCACUGCCCCGGAACAGGAUAACACUUCUGCUAGGGCUCCUCCCGAAUGGGCCAUCUUUGAUGCAGACUUCUUCGCAUUACCGUGGCCCAGCGAAAAUGACCAGGGCCUACAGGAUUUCCUUCAGCCUGGGACUCACACCCUGGACGGCGCAUCUAUCGCCGACAUACCGCUCUUUCCCAUGUAUAACCAGCAUAUGGGUGGUGGCUUCCUCUAG